AAAAAUGGAUUGAAAAUUUUGAUAUAUUACAAAAGAAAUUUUGAUAGUGGCAAAAUCGCAAGCAUGCAGCUAGAACUUAAGCAAUAUGCCUGGACUUGUGGUCUUCAGACGUCGCUGGUCUGUCGGCUCUGAUGAUUUGGUGGUGCCAGGAGCUUUUCUACUAACGCUACACUUUAUAUGUUUUGUGCUCGUGGCCGUCUCGUUAGUUCUAUUUGAGUACAAUACAAGUAUUUUAAGUGUAAAGCUAUUAUUCUAUCACCUUAUAGGCUACUUGUUGAUACUAUUUUUUUCAAUAUGCGUAGAAAUAGGAAUUUGUGUGAUUUCGAUGCGUGGCAGCAUUUUGGAUGCCGAUGCGCGUACAUCGAUCAAUAUAUGGAUAUAUAUCAAGAGCUUGGUAAUAUUAUUUGAUAUUGCAUGGCUGAUAAUGGGCUCAAUAUGGCUGUCGCAUUAUUAUAUGGAAGCGCCUGUGGAUGAGGCCAAAAAGAUAUUCAUAGCCAUCAUCAUUUGCAAUUGGGCGCUGGUGUUCAUCACUUUGAUCACCAUUUGGUGCACCUUCGAUGCCGCUGGCCGCUCCUGGGUUAAGAUGAAGAAAUAUCAGCGUUCGAUGCGUGAGACAGAGUCUCGCUUCAAUUACAAGCGCAGCAACAGCAUGAAUCGCAAUUGGCGUCAAAGAAAAGUAAUGCGCGCCUAUCAGGACAGCUGGGAUCAUCGCUGUCGCUUGCUAUUCUGCUGCAUGGGCUCAUCGGAGCGUAAUCGGAAUUCGUUUACGGAUAUUGCGCGACUGCUGAGCGAUUUCUUUCGCGAACUGGACGUUGUGCCAUCCGAUGUGGUCGCCGGUCUGGUGCUCCUGCGCAAAUUUCAGCGCCUGGAGCGCGAGGCCAUCGUCAGGCAGCGCAAGAAUGGCACCUACGAGUUCCUCAGCGGUGUGCCCAUCACCGAGCGCACUCAGUUCCUAGCACUCAACGAUGCCAAAAACUAUGAUUUCUUUCAAACCGUCAUACACUACAUGUACUUUGCCCAGGGCGCCUACGGCUGGCCCAUGUACGUCAUCAUCAAUCGCACCAAGAUGUGGCAUCUGGUGCCGGAGCUCAAAUGCUUUGGCUGCUGUUGUGGCAGCGGCGACGAUGGGCAGGUGAUCCAGGACAAUUGCUGCUAUUGCAACUAUGCGGCGCUUAAGAAGACGCUGCAGCUGGGCGACAUCGACAUCGUCUAUGCCACUUACCAUGUGGACGUGGGCGAGACGCCGUUCUUUGUGGCUGUUGAUUAUACGCAGAAGGCGAUUGUGAUUAGCAUACGGGGAACGCUGAGCAUGAAGGACAUACUGACGGAUCUGAAUGCGGAGGGCGAGGUGUUGCCGCUGCAGCCGCCGCGCGAUGAUUGGCUGGGGCACAAGGGAAUGGUGCAGGCGGCGCUUUAUAUACGCAACAAGCUGCAGCAGGAGAAUCUCAUAGAGCGUGCGCUGCAGCGCAAUGCGGAGCGUAUGACGCAGACGUUCGAUCUGGUGCUGGUUGGGCAUUCGCUGGGUGCGGGCACGGCAGCGAUUUUGGCCAUACUGCUAAAGCCGGAGCAUCCGACGCUGCAGUGCUUCAGCUACUCGCCGCCCGGUGGACUGCUUAGCAUGCCGGCGGUGGAGUACUCCAAGUCGUUUAUUACCUCAGUGGUGCUGGGCAAGGAUGUGGUGCCGCGCAUUGGCUUAAAUCAAAUGGAGGCGCUGCGUGCGGAUCUCAUUAAUGCCAUACAGCGCAGCGUGGAUCCCAAGUGGAAAACGAUUUCCUGUUCGGUAAUUUGCUGCGGCUGCGGACCGGAGCCAACAUCUGUGGUUAACAUGUCCGGCCAGGACACGCAUAUUAAUCAAUAUCAGGAGGAACGCGGCACGGCACGUACAACCAGCGCGCAUCCGACGGAUAGUUCCAUAGCUUUAACUUUGCAUCAGCCUCUAUAUCCGCCCGGCCGCAUUAUUCACAUAGUGCGGCAUCAUCCCAAGCCAGAUGAGCAAAAAUACGACAGUGGUUGGAGAAAUGUGCUCAAGAGUCGCGAGCCCGUCUAUCAGGCCAUUUGGGCCGAUUCUACAGAUUUCGAUGAGGUGCUUAUAUCGCCUGUAAUGCUGCAGGAUCAUAUGCCCGAUAAGGUGCUCGCUGCGCUCAAGAAGGUUGUAACAACGAGUGGUCCACGCAAGCCGCAGCGCCAGACCUCCAAUGCCUUCUCCACCACAUCCAUGGAACAGGAGCGCGAGCCGGAGCGCACAGCAGGCGGUGGCGCCAAUGGUAAUCAGCUGGCCAGCCCCAUUGGCAUUAUGUUGACCCCAACGGCGCAGCACAAGCUCUGCCUGGAAACGUCCUUCACCAAUUUGCAGCAACAACAACAACAGCAGCAGCAGCAGCAACAGCUGGAGCAGCGCGGCGGCAGCAAGGCAUCCUCUAUAACGGGACAGCUGAGCAGCACAGCAACACCCUAUGACAUAUCAAGCGUGCUGGACGACAGCAUGACAACGGUCACCAUGCGCAAGAGUCCCUGCUCCAUGCUCAGUGAAACGGCCACAGUGAUUAUGAACUCGGAGACGGUUAUGGUGACAACGACGACGACGACGGCGGCAGCGCCACGUCUCAAGGCGGUCGCUUUUGACAUGGCCCUAACGCCGCCACAGACGCUCACGCGUCAACAUUCGGAGAAGAAACCACGCACAUUGCCCUUAACCUCUGGCUAUCGACGCGCCUCCAUAUCUGGUGGCGCACAUGGCGUCGAUUUACUGCAUGACGAUUGGUAUGGCCUGGCGCCGUUGGCCAGUCCGGAAACAUUGUCGGAAAUCUCGAGCGUCUCCUCGCGCAGCAGCGUACCUAUUAGCCUGGCCAACAGCAUUGAGCGGUAUCUACAGCAUAUGGGAGUGCCGCCAGGUGCGCCCAAGGUGCCGCUGGAGGACAUCUUUGAGUCGCAGAUGCAUACGCCCAAGGUAAUGCGACGUGCGCCAAAGUUCUGCGAGAAUCUUGCGGGCUGUGCCGAGGACACGCGUAAUCUGGAUCAAUAUAAGCGUCUGGGUCGCGUUUUUGUUACCUUCCCCCGUUUCCUCUCUGUCGAUUCUAACCAGCAGGACUUCAACUCCAGCGAUGAUAGCUUCGAGUCGGCCCAAAGCCUGCAUCGCUUGCAGUUGCCAGCUUCAGUGAGUUGCGCUGCCAGCUCCAAGUCCGCUGAUCCCUUAGAGGAGACACCUCGUAGUCCGCCAGUCAAAAAGUUAACCUUCAGCGAUAGCAACAUUCUAUCCGAGGAGAACUGCCUGCGCCUCUGUCCACAUUGUCCUUGCCGGCGCGACGGACGCGUCUGCUGCAACCGAGAUGAGCAUCAGCAGUGCACCCCAGCCGCCGCCUCGACAGACACCAACAGCAGCUUCUAUAGCGCCAAUUCGUCGCUGGAACAGUUUGCCACGCAGCAUCCGCCACAGUCGAAUGGCGGCCCAGAGAUCAUUAUACGUCCAGGCGUGCUCGAGUCCCAUUUCCCAGUACUUGGCGGCAGUGGCAGCCUAGCUCAGCUUGAAACGCCAGCGCUUGUAGCGCCAGCGUCGCCUUCGCCGCUUACCAAUGGCAAGCAACGUCCAGACGUAGUCGGUGGACGUGUGCGCAAGCGUUUGUCCUCCGAGGAAUUUGUGUUUACGCGCGCCGAGGAACUUCCCCUUCUAGUACAAAACAGCGGUUCGCCUGCAUCCCGCAAGCAGCGACGCGCUGGUUGUUGUGUUUAUCCCAUGGGUAACAGCAUACGAAUUGCUGGCGCCGAUAUUGAUGCAGCUGCUGCUGUUGCCGCUGCCUCCCCCACGUCCAAUAGCAAAUUUUCCCGAGCUCGCAUAGCUACCGCAGCUUCAGCCAAAGCAGCAGCAGCAGCAGCGGCGGCGGCGGCGGCGGCUGCAGAGUUAAAUAACGAAAGUAAUGUUUAAUUAUUUACAAAUACAGAUACAAUAUACAAAGCACAGGUGUAGUUGAAUACAGUACCUAAGCAAAUGCAACCAAAAACAAAAUAAUAA